GCAUGUUCCGGGUACCACUUAUUGUGAAGUAGUUAUAGAGUCACAAAAAUAAGUGCAGCAGAGGAACAGGCCCUUCGGCCCACCGGGGUCAUGCCAACCAACGACCACCCAUUUACGCUGAUCCUACAUUUGUGCUCUUUUCUUUAUUCUCGCCACGUUUUUUGGCAAUCACAAAUCACAGGAUGAAUGUGACCUGGAACAUUGCUCACAAACCCACUCUAAACAAAUGCAAAAGGAAUUUACUAAAGAGAAUUAGAUGCAUACAGGGUAAGGAAGAAGGCAGUGGGUUAAUUGUACUUAUCUUUCGGUGGGCUAGUACUGGGACGAUGGGACGAACGGCCACUCCCUGACACAUUUCAGAAGUAGGGGUUUAAGAAGCCAGCAGAGGCAUUUCUGAAUCCACGGAGCUGGUACACAUGUCAGGUUGACGGACAGGCUAAUCUGACACCCACACUACACUUUAGAUGCGAUCAGUGCUUUUAAAAAUCUCGCCAGCAACACCAACGCCCCAUAUAUAAACCCCACUACCCCUCACCCCCACAAACAAGUGCUUCGGGCAAACCGAGCAAGUUAUUCCAGCAGCCAACACAAGCAAAGAGUUUUGUCAACUCUCUCAACACUUUGAUCUGGGUGAGUGCUGCUCACAUUGUUGUAACGGCGCGCACGUUUAAUGGGUCUGGGCUCAAUGUAGAAAUUCUAGGGCGUUUGAUGUCUUGAGUAGAACACCGAGAUUUGUCCUUAAUCUUCUGGGCUCCGUUCUUAAGAAAUGAAACCUCCCGUUUAGUUAAACUCUGUGUGGCAAUGUUAAGUCAACUCGUUCAGCGAAGCCGAUGAAUUGAAGAAGGGUCCCGGCCCGAAACAUCGCCUGUCCAUGUUCUCCAGAGAUGCUGCCUGACCCGCUGAGUUACUCUAGAAUUCUGUGUCUUUAUUUCCCGGUGUAAUUUGUGCAAGCAGAUCGUUUCAUUGGGACUCGACUUAACUGGAUUUGACACGGUGUCCUCUGAUUAGAUACCCCAAUCUCUAUUAAAUGGGUUGUUUUGUUGUAGUGAUUGAUUUUAGACAAAAAUGCUGGAGAAACUCAGCGGGUGAGGCAACAUCUAUGAAGAGAAGGAAUAGGCGACGUUUCGGGUUGAGGAACCCUUCCUCAGGGUUCUUUAAUGGCGAGGAAGGGUCUCGACCCGACUUCUCUCUAUAGAUGCUGCCUCGGCCGCUGAGUUUCUCCAGUAUUUUUGUCUACCUUCGAUUUUUUUUCCCAGCAUCUGCAGUUCUUUCUUAAAUAGUGAUUGAUUUUGAUCGAUUUUUAUUUACAGUCUCAAUGGGCUCGCUCGGAAUUCGCUCCCAAUCUCAGGGGUUGAUCGUUCUCUGCACCCUCUGUACCGCUUUGCUAUCGGAGAGUCGGCCAAUAAGGAGGUCGGUGAGUGAGAUGCAACUGAUGCACGAUAUGGGGAGGCAUCUGUACGAUAGUAAGAGGCAAGAGCUGAUUAAAGAUGUGGUAAGAGAUGUCCACACAGCCAGCGAGAAGCAUAUCACCCCUUACACCGAGUCUCUGAGCCCUAAACACCCUCGCUCGUGCAAGCUCUCACCCGCGGUGAGAAGGCAACAGAGCAGGGCAAAGAGCAGGAGGCCGAGGAACAGCGAGAAAGAGGGAAUCAAGAGCGUGAGUGCUGACGACUUCUCGGACAUGGGAACACCGCAAGAUCUCGACAGUCUUCCAAAGACUCCUGACGAUAUUGCCUGAAGAUCUUGUUCAUAAUUUCCCUGAUUUGAACAAGAUAGAUUGCUGCUAUAUUCCUUUGAUUUCAAUACUCAUUUGAAAACUAAAUGUAAGCUAAAAGCGAUCAAUGCCCAAAGUAUUAGGGAUGGAGAAGCAAUGUGGUUAAAUCUAAAAAAAGCCCUCUAAAAUAACAACGGCAAUUUGAUUUGGGUAAUAAAUGUUGACCUUUCCAGCAAAGCCCAGAUCCUUAAAAAUGAAUAAGUCAAAUGAGUGUCCUUUUAUUUCAAGAUUUGUGUUCACUUUGCAUGAAGGGUAUAUUAUAAAACCAAUGUCAGCUUCUUUUAACUGUUGAUACUAAAGUUGCCACGCAAAUUUGGCAUCACGUCCACUCUUUGCACAGAACAUGGCAAGCAAAUCACCUUAUCCCAGUGAGAUGAGAUGCAACAACAACCUGCAUCGACAUUGCACCAAGCACAGAGCAAAGAGUGGCAAAACCAUAACUCAAUGGGGGGGAAACCUCUUACCUUUGGCCACAAAGGUGCCUCCUUCAGUUUACUGUAAGAUCUGGUGGUUAGAUCGUAGAUAUAUAUUAUUUUGUAAAACACUGGUGUAGUUUUAAAAUAUAUUUGGCUUUUCUUCUACACGCUUUGGGUUAGAAAUGAAGGGGAGAUGAACCCUUAUUAUGCCAUUAACAUUAAUUAUGAUACAAAAUGCUGGAGUUAUGGGUCUGUCCCACUUACGCAACUUUUUCAGUGACUGCCGGCACCCAUCAUAGGUCAUUGCAGGUCGACGAAAAUGUUCAACAUGUUGAAAAUCCAGCGGUGACCAGAAAGACGCUACGACU